AUAUAAAUUAUUAAAGUUUCUUUAUAUUUCUUAAAGACAUGGCAAAUUUGUAUGUGCUUUACGAACAUGCAGCUGGCUUUGCCUUGUUUUCAGUCAAGGAGUUUGAAGAAAUCUCUAUGUUUCUACCUCAGGUGGAAUCAUCGGUGACAGAUUUUGGAAAAUUUAAUUCGAUUGUGAAGCUGGCUGCUUUUACACCCUUUAAAACGGCGAUUGCAGCUUUAGAAAAUAUUAAUGCCAUAUCUGAGGGAAUUGUGCCGCAAGAUUUAUUGGUAUUUUUAGAUGAUUUCUUUGGCAAAUUAAAAAAGAAAAAAUGCCAGUUGGGUAUAGCGGAUGCCAAGCUCGGUGCUGCGAUAAGCGAAGCUAUUGGUGUGCAAUGCAGCCAUUUCGGUGUAGUGCCAGAGAUUAUACGUGGUAUACGUUUUCACUUUCAUAAAUUGGUUAAAGGCUUCACAGCUAUUUCAGCUGGUGUUGCUCAACUGGGUUUGGGUCAUAGUUACUCGCGAGCUAAAGUCAAGUUUAAUGUAAAUCGUUCAGAUAACAUGAUUAUACAAUCAAUUGCUUUGUUGGAUCAGCUUGAUAAGGAUGUCAAUACUUUUUCAAUGCGUAUACGUGAGUGGUAUUCUUAUCACUUCCCGGAAUUGGUUAAAAUAAUACCCGAAAAUUAUUUAUUCGCCAAGACGGCGAAGUUUAUUAAAGAUCGUAAAUCCUUAACUGAUGAUAAAUUGGAAGAAUUGGAAGAAAUUGUAAUGGAUUCAUCGAAAGCCAAGGCUAUUAUUGAUGCGGCGAAAAUGUCCAUGGGCAUGGAUAUUUCAAUUAUAGAUUUAAUGAACAUAGAAAUGUUUGCGGAGCGUGUUGUUAAAUUAUCUGAAUAUCGUCAGAAAUUGUCAACGUACUUGCACAACAAAAUGACUUCUGUAGCUCCUAAUUUGCAAUCGCUUAUUGGUGACCAAGUAGGUGCACGUUUAAUAUCGCACGCUGGUAGUUUGACAAAUUUGGCUAAGUAUCCCGCCUCCACGGUACAAAUUCUGGGAGCUGAAAAGGCUUUAUUCCGAGCUCUUAAAACACGUUCGAACACUCCAAAAUAUGGUUUAAUAUAUCACUCUUCGUUUAUUGGGCGUGCUGGUCUUAAGAAUAAGGGACGUAUAUCCCGGUUCCUGGCAAAUAAAUGUUCUAUUGCUUCGCGUAUCGAUUGCUUUCUGGAACAACCAACAUCGGUAUUUGGCGAAAGUCUGAAAGCACAAGUUGAAGAACGACUUAAGUUUUAUGAAACUGGUGAAAUUCCCCGAAAAAAUAUUGAAGUUAUGAAGGAAGCCAUACAGAGUGCUACUGGAACAGCUAUUACCGACGAAGCCACCAUCGAAGAUGCACAAACUCUGAAAAAGAAAAACAAAAAGAGGAAACGUAACCACGCAGAGGAAGAAGAAGAAGGAAACGAUGUCAGUGGUACAGUUGCUAAACAAAACGGUGCUAAUGAUGAGACCAUUUUGACCGAGGGACAGUCUAAUUCAAUAUUAGCUGCAAAUGGCGAUAGCGAUGAGCUACCAAAGAAGAAAAAGAAAAAGAAGAACAAAAAUAAAAAUAAGGAACAAAGUACAUAAAUUGCACGCGCAAUUUAACAUACCUGUAAGGUAAUUAGAAUCCUUCAAUAAUUUUCAUAUCCAUUGCCUGGAAAAAAUUUAUAUACAAAAUAUUGAUUUUACGGAGGACAAUAAUCUCCAUUUGCCGUCACAGAAUUACACCAGAAUUUCUACAACUUUAAAGCUUUCCAUAUAUUAAAUUAGAUAUUUUAUAAAUUUAUUUAAUAUAUUCACAAAAAAUAUGCCCGG